GUCAAGGGGAGAUUAUCCGACAGAUGAGAAACAUGAUGAUAAAAGUGAUGUUGGCCAAGAAUCAGAGAAGCUUCGUCUUAUUUCAACGGUGGCGUCGCCUGCAAGGGAAUGCUACAGCCCUGUGUGUAGGGAGAUGGGCUACUGGGAGUCAGAGAGACAACACAGCUUGGACGAUGAGCUGCCUGCUCACCCUGACGCCGGCAAUAAUCUGCAGUGUUUUCUAGAAGCUAACAGCCCCCAACCAUGCAGGCCACUUGGCCAUGAAUUGAAUACUAGCCAGAUAAACCAUACAUCUGCCAACAACAAAGUCUCAUACGACAGUUUUCCUUUCAUCGAAAGAGGUGUUAACUUUAGUUCGUCCUACAAAGCUCAGCCUAGCGACGGUGAGAUGGAGCACUCUUUCACUAGAAGAAGGGACACACCUCAGGAUAAGCUGAGACAGUCCAAGACGAAUCAUAAAAAUCAUUACAACGCAAGAAACGUCGUCCAGUCAGAGGUGCACUGUCUUCUGAAAGAAAACAACAAAUACACAACAGCAGACACAGACGACACGAUCUCCUGGCACGAUAUCGGAAAUUCCCUGGACAGAACUUUUUUCUGGGUGUUCUUUUUAGUUACCAAUACGGUCACAGUUGUCAUUCUUGUUCUUUUUGUCAAAAGUGAUCCAUAA